UGCCCUUUAAUACGAAGGGAAGGCCCAAUAAUCCAAAGGUCGGAUAGCACAAAGGCCCAAAUAGUCUGAAAGCCUGAUAGUCCAAAGGCCAGAUAGUCUGAAAAUAUAUUGCAGUGAUGUAUAGUGCUAUGGUCACAAUAGUCAUCAGCUUUGUCAUCCAGCUACGACCCACUAUCUGUGAUGAGAACCUCAAUUCAAGACCGAUCAUUGGUGUUUUGGCUCAAAGUUGUGACCCUAAAGCUGAUCCUUACAUUGGUGAUACCUAUAUCCCUAGUACAUAUGUGAAGUGGUUGGAGUCAGGAGGAGCAAGGGUUGUUCCCAUCAGAGUUAAGGAGAGUGACCAGUACUAUGAGACACUGUUCAAACGUAUUAAUGGUGUGGUGUUUCCUGGAGGAGGCAUCAAUAUCGUGACAUCCUACUUCGCCAAAGCAGCCAAACUGUUGUACAACAUGGCUCUGAAGGCUAAUGAUGAUGGGGAUUACUUCCCUUUGUGGGGCACCUGUCAGGGAUUCCAGCAGCUCACUGUUCUCACAUCGGGACAGGAUCUCCUCAGCUAUCUUCAUGCUCACAGAAUGCUGCCCAUUAACCUCACAUCAGAUUUCAGUCAAAGUCGGCUCUUUGCAGAUCUUCCAGCAGAUAUACUAACAUCUCUGACAUUGUACAAUGUGACAGCAAAUCACCACAACUGGGGACUGUCUCCAAAGAAUUUCAGCCAGAACCAGGCCCUUCGGUCCUUUUACAGAGUAUUGUCCACCAAUGUGGCUGAUAAUGGCAAAGAUUUCAUAUCUACAUUUGAAGCCAUAAAAUACCCUUUUUAUGGAGUCCAGUGGCACCCAGAGAAGGUCCCAUAUGACUGGGAUCUUGGAGAUGCGUUGACCCACACCAAGAGAGGUGUGAAGGUUACACAGUAUUUUGCUGACUUCUUCGUUGAAGAAUGUAGGAAGAGUAGCCACCACUUCCCCGACAUAGACACCGAGUUAUCUACUCUCAUCAACAACUACCAUCCUCACUUCUCAAAGGACAAACGUUUCCAGGAGCACUACUACUUCAACUUUACCCAUCCUCAUCUCAUUCUGUGACGUGUUUUUGUAUCCGAUUUCCAUGCAACCAAGUGUGUAUCUCGGUAUGUUAAAUAUUAUCAACAUCUGAAAUGAUAUUUUCAUGCAUGUAAAUUUGCUUUGAAAAACUGUGUAAUAUAAACUAUAGUUGAACAACGCUAUCUCAAGAAUACGUGGAAGACAAUACGUGGAAAUAUCCCGAGUAUUCGAAGUACACAUAACUGAGUUUAUUUUACAUCGAUUUUAACGUUUGGAACUGAAUGUUUACUUCAGGUUAAUGCAGGGUCCUCAAGUUUGAGAUAAAGAAGUUUGGCUGUUCAUUGCCAGCAAAUCAUUUGUAACUUUGCGAGGGCUUGUUGAUAAGUUGUCAUAUUGAAGGAUUUGACUUUUGACGGACAUAUUGUAUCAUUUUUCAACAUAAUCUCCUUCAGUAUCUAUACACUUUUGCCAGCGGUGUUUAGGGGCCUC